UAAAAAAAUAUUUAAACUGACAUGCAAGUUCAGCUCAGCUGUGCUGGAAAGGUCAGCUGGGUGUUUACUGUCAAUUUGGGUUUGUUUUCCUUUUCUUCUCUUGGUUUAUUUUCCUCAUUUUCCGCAGUUUUUCGGGACAAAUUUCACAGUUUUUCCACUCCUAAAGUAUUCUUCUCAAGGGGCUUUCUGGUCAUGGAACCAAUGGACAUCUAUAGUGUGGAGUCAAAGCUCUCUGAUGUCACGGUCACGCCAAUUCCGAUGGUGAGACCUGCACAGUCUGCACCUCAGAGUCAUUACCAGCCACCACAGAUGAGCCAUGGUCAUAUGGCAGGGACAUCUUCAGCAACAAUUUCGACUGCAAUGGCUUCAGCCAGUGGAUCACAGAUUCCCCCAGCGACGAGUAAUACGUCCGGCUUGUCGAAAUAUGCCCAAUUGCUGGCGGUGAUUGAGGAAAUGGGCAGAGAUAUUCGACCGUCAUACUCAGGAAGUCGCUCUUCAGCCGAACGCCUCAAACGGGUUAUUGUUCAUGCACGAAUCCUAGUCCGGGAGUGUCUCUUGGAGACAGAGAGAUCGGCAAGAAAUUGAGAGGCAGGAGCUGAAGAAACACAGAAAUUUCCAUUUUGUCAGGUCUUGGCGCCAAAAAUUCCCACCCUCCAAUCACAUUUUGGAGCGGUCAGUGGCCAGAUAGACAUCAUUUAAUUAAGUCCCAUGGAUUUUCUAUCAAAUUGUUGUUCCAAUCUUGGGGCAUCCAUCUGCGAUUUGGAGCAGUUAUUCUUGAUACGGCUAACGUGUUAAAUGUACAAUAAAAAGUCCGUGAAAUCACA